AUGGGCAGAUCUAACGGGCAUCGGCCAUCUGGGAUGGACUAUAAACCAACGAACAAGCUGAAAAGACAACAACUUCAUAUUAAGCGCAAACAAACCAAAGACGCAGAGACACGAACAUUUCGGUUCGCUAGACGGAAAGAAGAAGCAAAGAACCCUCAAUUAAAAGCUGAGCGGCUGAAGCGGAAUGUCCCCUUGACUCUGGAAAGGAAACGGAUUUGGGAUGAUGCUGGUAGCGAUGUUGAAGACGGGUUGGGCUUGAGCUUCGACGUGGAGAGAAUAAAGCGACGAAAGCAGGAAGCAGAGCUGGAGCAGAAAAAUAAAGAUGAUUCGAUACCCUCAGAAAAUGAAGAUGAAGCUGGCAGCGGAGACAAUGCUUCAGAUGAUGUUGACAGCAUGAUUGAUUUUGACAGUGGUGAAGAGGACGGAGAGGAAGAAAAAGAAGACAAACCAAGUCAGAAAGGAGGUCCUCAGAGUAAAAACCGAGUCCCCUCUGCUACUGAACGAGCAACGAGUCCUACACAGUCGACUCGAAGUACUAAUAUCGAUCUUGCCCCUGAUGCGCUUGCGGCCAAAUUCCCUAGCCUUUUUCCCACUGAAGCUCCUCCACCGCCGAAGAUACUAAUCACGACCUCACUAAAUUCGACCCUCCAUAAAGAAGCAAAAGUCUUGACAGAGUUCUUCCCCAACAGUGUCUAUAUCCGCCGCUCAGCGCAUAGAUAUAGUCAUAAAUUCUCUAUACGUGAGAUUUCGUCGUUUGCCGCCAAUAGAAAUUAUACCGCCGUUGUGGUGCUGGAGGAAGACCUGAAGCGAGUCUCUGGCCUGACAAUAGUACAUCUUCCUAUCGGGCCAACAUUUCACUUUUCCAUUAGCAACUGGGUAGAGGGCAAAAGGCUCCCAGGCCAUGGAAAUCCAACCAGCCACUGGCCCGAGCUUAUCCUCAAUAAUUUUCGGACCCCGCUUGGUUUAUUAACCGCUCACCUAUUCCGCACCCUUUUUCCACCCCAGCCAGAUUUGCAGGGGAGACAGGUCGUUACUUUACAUAAUCAGCGUGAUUACAUAUUUGUUCGACGGCAUAGAUACAUAUUCCGUGACAAAAGAGAGACCGAGAAACGCGUGGUUGACGCCAAUGGAGUAGAAAUGAAAGGCGUGGAAGGCAUCCGUGCAGGUUUACAAGAACUUGGCCCGCGGUUUACCCUGAAAUUGCGAAGAAUAGACAAAGGGAUUCAGAGGAAGAGUGGUCAAGAUUGGGAGUGGAAGGGCCGAAUGGAAAAGGUCCGAACGAAGUUCCAGCUCUAG